CCAAUAUGGCCACCGCGUUGGCACGUCGCUUAGCCAGGUUGCUACAGCAGGCUGGUGUAGAUAGUUUUCGUAUCUAUGGAGUAAACAGUUCUGUAGAGUAAAUACCAGUGAGUCCCACAAGGAAGGUCAGGAUGGUCCAAAAAAUACUCAAUAAAUUCGUGGGUGCCAAGUACGUCACGAUAUUGCGGACGUGGGUACCAAAUAUGGUGGCGUGGGGUACGGUGGGCGGUGUGGCCCUGGUUCACCUCACAGACUGGCGGGUCGUCCUCGACUACGUGCCAUACAUUAAGGGCAAGUUCCGUAAGGAUGACUGAAGACUUUUUCGAUUUAUUUGUUCCACAGCAUAUAUCCGUGGACAAGAGUGGACUUGCUUCUACUUGGCCAGUUUAAAAUGCGAUGACGACGAUGCUGGGAUUUGUUAGGAUGCAUUCUGUGUGAUAAAAACGUUUGGAGCCGUUGACUGUUUAAUAUGAAUAAAACUUAAACUUAAAUGUGU